CCCACCGCCGGAGGUCAAGUUUUUGGAGACGCCGUUCGGGGGGGUCCACGCCUGGAUCUCGGGGUCCCCCCGGCCCGGGCGCCCCGCCCUGCUCACCUUCCCGGACGUGGGGCACACCCACGAGACGUGUUUUGCCCCCCUGUUCGAGCACGAGGAGAUGGCCGAGAUCGCCCGGAGCUUCCACCUCGUGCACAUCGACCCCCCCGGCAUGGAGGAGGGGGCACCGCCCUACCCACCUGGGUACCAGUACCCCUCCCUGGAGCAGUUGGCCGAGAUGCUCCCGGGGGUCCUGCAGGCCCUGGGCAUCAAAAGCAUCGUCGGGGUGGGGGUGGGGGCCGGAGCCUUCGUGCUGGCCAAGUUUGGGCUGCUGCGCCCCGAGGCCGUGGAGGGGCUGGUGCUGGUGAACAUCGACGCCCGCGCCAAGGGCUGGAUGGACUGGGCCGCCAGCAAGCUCUCGGGGCUGACGACGUCGACGACCGAACUGAUCCUGAGUCACCUUUUCACCCAGGACGAGCUGUCAGCCGCCCCCCCCCACGUCCGGCGGCUCCGGGAGCGUUUGGGGAAGACGCCGAACCCGGCCCUGCUCUGGUCCAUGUUCGCCAGCCGCGGGGACCUCGGGCUGGAGCGCAGCGGGGCCGGGAGCCUGCGCUGCCCUGUCCUGCUCGUGGUCGGUGACAACUCCCCCCACGAGGACGCUGUGGUGGAGUGCAACGCCAAGCUGGACCCCACCCAGACCUCCUUCCUGAAGAUGGCCGACGGCGGGGGGCAGCCCCAAAUCUCACAGCCGGGGCGUCUCACCGAGGCCUUCAAGUACUUCCUGCAGGGGAUGGGCUACAUGGCGGCCUCGACCAUGACCCGCCUGUCCCGCUCCAGGACCGGCUCCUGCUGCGCCCCGGGCGGGGAGGGCGGGGCCGAGCGGGGCCGGGCCCGGACCCUCAGCAGGGGCAGCACCGGGGCAGGGGCCGCCCUCCCCCCGACCCCCCCCCACCCCUGAAGGACCCCAAAUAUCCCCCGAGACCCCCUUCCCUCCCCCGUUCCUGUUUGAGACCUUCCCAGGAGCCUCCGAUACCCUCCCUCAGCGAUCCCUCCCAGGGGGGACCCCCCGAGACCCCUGGGACCCUCCGAUACCCUCCCUCAGAG